AUGUGGGUGCGGAGCCACUUACAACACUAUGAAGUAUGUGGUCGUUUUGAACAGGAUUUCGUUCAUCUGUGCACGGAAAAUUCCGUUCCGUAUUGUCCUGCCGUAAGACCUCUGGCACAGCGUCCGACUACACCAUGGAUGAAUGUGCCGGAAACUGCUCCGUCAGUGACCUCAAAAAAAGGCAAAGAGGAGAAGAAAGCAGCUCAAACUACGGUGGAAUCGGUUAGCAGUGCUACUGACGAACUCGCUCAUACACUCGGAUUUCGUCCGACCACAUUUGUGCUCAGUCAGACGUGGGAUUAUUUUCGACCGAAAAUUCACAUCGCACAAGAACAUCCGGAUAAACCAGAUACGGUGACCGAGAUACACAUCAAAGGUUGGAAAAUCGGAGACACAUUGUGGGGCAUACUGAUCAACUGCUUUUCACUGGCAACCAAAUUGACCACUAUCAAACGUGUGCACAUUGACGGUAAUGAACCACUUCGACCGGACAGUUUGGCUCAAUUAAUUCAGGAUAAGGGAAGCGUCACGAAAUUACGUUUUCGUCAUUGUUCUCUUGGCCCGGCCGAGGCCUGUCAAAUGGCCAUGCGUCUGGGCACACUGACUACAGCAAACACUAAAUUGCUCAGUUUGGAUCUCACCGGCAACCGGAUUGGAGAUGAAGGUGCGCUUAGUUUUGCCCAAGUAAGUCACAUGAUGAAAGUGGGUACUUUGGUGCGAGGCAUAGAGAAUAAGCAGAACGAGAAAAUGGUUAGAAAGNUAGAUAGAUAG